AUGGGUGUAAGGACCAUUGAGGGUGACCGAUGUGAAGUUCGUCCUCCGAUAUUUGCGGAGAUCGAAUGCGACAGGCUGUCUACGCCGUACGGCCCAUGCCAACUACAGCUGUUUGGCAAUGGGUCCCGAACAGGUUGCAAAACCGACAUCACGCUAGCCAAAGUUGACUGGAUCGACUAUAACCCAGACUAUCCGACCUACCCUGUUAGCAAAUCAUUAUCUUCCUUACAUCUGAACCUCAGGAACGUCUGCCAACACUGGCGUUUGGCCGUGGACUCGUGCACCCCCCUUCAACAUCGACGCGUCUUCUUUGUCGCGGCGAUAGCUGCAGAAGACGCCCGGGAAAAUGACAGCAAUGAUGAUGUCGAUUGGUCUAUCGUACGACAAACGCGUGAGGUUGUGCUUGUCGGACCCGCCUCUCGCAUCAUCCAUGUCCUUGCCCAGUACUCUCCCGCCGAGAGCAUUACCUCGUCGCUCAACAUACAAGUAACAUCCGGGGAUCAAACACAGUUCAAUUUCCCAUCCACAAUACCCACUGUUUCAUUGCCGCAGCUAACUAGCCUGCACCUUGAGAGUGUCGCGUUUGAUUGGAACACCCGACACCACUGUUUCUCUCGUCUCACUCAUCUUUCACUCUGUGACAUCAUCAAUCGCCCACAUACUCUUCAGCUCGUGAAGACUCUCGCAUUAAUGCCAGCUCUGCAGGGACUUAUCCUGCGCGGCGCCCUUCCAAAGCUACACGACAUCGUUCCUCCGCACACAUCUUUCGGGUACUCGCAACAAGUAGACCUGCCUAGGCUGAGAUAUCUUCGCCUGCAGGGCAGCGUCGCAGAGUGUUUCAACGUUCUAUCAGACCUUCAAUCGCUGGAUCGGCUUGCAUAUCUCGGUCUCGAGUGCUUUCAAGGGGUUAUGACGCCGGCUUUCGCAUUUGGCCAGCUCCGUGAUCUCUUACACGGCCAAUCUCAACGGCUCAUGCACGACUACUCAACCCUUUCCGUUUCACGCACAGAUCAGGUCGCAGUCGAGCUCUCGACCUGGAGGCGUGAUGAGUCUUAUUCGACGCCAGCCAGUCAAGGCUUAUACUUUUGGUACAUCUCUAGCAUGCCUCCUGUCGUCAUCCUUCGAGAGAUGGCGAGGGCUACUCUCCUCACCAACGUUCGUCAGGUGACGGUUUCGGGCUACCAAAACCACGAGAAUGAUCUUCGAGACGCUCUCGCUGACAUGCCCGCGGUACACUCGCUCACCGUCUCCGACAUGAACUCAGAUGCCCUCUCGACAGUAUUAUCACCUGACGAGCUGGAGGUUCCCGUUCCUGAGCUCAAGGAACUUAUCGUGCAACACGGACCAUUUUGCCAUGACAAGGCACACAAGUCGCUCGUAGCAUGUAUAUCCGAGCGUCAAGCAAGGCGAUCUCGACUGCAAACGCUUCUGUUAUGUGGGGAGUGUAAUAUGGCGGAAGACAUCAGGAUCGCAUUAUCGGCCUUGGAGAUGCAUAUCACCGUUGAAAGCGUAUGAGAGUGCUGGUUUCGUGGUGCAUCUGGAGACGGAUGGGAGCGAAAACGGGCAGAAACCAGGGCUUAGUGAACAAUCCUGCAUUGCACACGGGAAUUUGACGGCUCAAGCAAAAUUUCAGAGGAAAGAGACAUCGGAUACAGCG